UCUCUCUCUUUCUCCGAGACACCACCGAGACAGCCUGUUAAUUUCCUUUCCUCCCCGGCCCUAAAAUUAGUCUCUCUCUCUCUCUCGCCGAUUCCUCUGAGGGGGGGAUUCGUGGUUUGAGUCUUCUUGGGUGUCAGGCGAAGAGGAGGAAGGAGGAAAAGUGAAGGGAAGGGACAAGGAUGAGCUUCCAGGAUCUCGAAGCCGGCAGGCCCUUGCCCCUACGGCGCGAUCUGGUGAACGGAAAGCAGGACCCUUCCCAGGCCGUGGCCGCCGGAGUCUUCCAGAUCAACACCGCCGUCUCGACCUUUCAGCGCCUCGUCAACACCCUUGGCACCCCCAAGGACACGCCUGAGCUCCGGGAGAAACUGCACAAGACUCGGCAGCACAUCGGUCAUCUGGUUAAAGAAACUUCUGCAAAGCUUAAAGUAGCUAGUGAAACAGAUCAGCGUGCUGAAGUUAGUGUGAGCUAGCAAAAGAUUGCUGAUGCAAAGCUUGCAAAAGAUUUUCAAACGAUCUUGAAGGAAUUUCAAAAGGCCCAGAGGCUUGCAGCUGAGAGAGAAACCACAUAUACUCCCUUUGUUCCUCAAGCUGUUCUACCAUCAAGCUUUGUAGCAAGUGAGCUAGAUAUAACUCCAGAUAAAUCUCCGGAACAACGUGCUCUUCUUGUUGAGUCCAGAAGACAAGAGGUCCUGCUAGUUGACAAUGAAAUUGCAUUCAAUGAGGCCAUUAUUGAGGAAAGGGAACAGGGAAUUGAAGAAAUCCAGCAACAGAUUGGUGAAGUGAAUGAAAUCUUCAAGGACCUGGCGGUGCUUGUUCAUGAACAAGGAGCUCUGAUUGAUGACAUUGAUUCCCACAUUGAGGGCUCAUAUGCAUCUACUGCACAAGCGAAAACUCAAUUGGCAAAAGCUGCAAAAACUCAAAGAUCAAAUUCAUCUUUGACAUGCUUGCUACUAGUUAUCUUCGGUGUGAUCCUUCUCAUUGUGAUCAUAGUCAUUGCAGCAUAGCUGAUGGUUCAGUGUCCGUCUGUUUGUCAUGGAAGGACUUCCCGAGGAGAAUAAUUAACGCUCCUAUGCAAAUAGCUAUGGAUGUCAGGGUCUCAACCGAGUUUUUUGAGUGCCAUUUGCAAGUUAUAUGUAAGUAAUUUGAUAAUUUUGAUGUAUAAUAUUAUCCUUGCAUAUAUUCUGGUGACUUUUUCCUGUUUAAUGUACUCCCUGCUGGUGUAUGUUCUGGGUGAGUGGUUUUUGGUUGGCUGGUUUCCCUGUGUAUCUGGUUACUGCCAAUGGUAAUAUUCGUCAAUAAGAUAAAAUUCUUUGGUUC